AGCCUGAUAAAUGCCAUGGAUUCUUCUAAGAAAUCAGAACCCUUGGCCAUCAGCACGAAUCGUAUUCCUGGGGAUGAAUUUGCUCUAGAACCAGUAUUUAGCUUUGCUGGAAGUUAUUCCUGCCCUUUCUAGGCCUAACCAUACAAGGAGAUGUGAAUUUUUCCUUUUUGAUAAGAGGAAAAGCCAUAACAAAAGGAACCCAACCCUAAGCCUGGAACAAAUCAGUCUCCAAGCAAAAGGAAUUUUACCAGUUUGUGGGACUUUGCCAACAUUUCCAACAGUAGUGGGAAAUCAAUAUAUUAACUCAGCUAGUAAAUAAUCCUACAAUGGAACAGGUGCUGCCUUGGGGAUACAGAUGUGAACAAAAGAGCAUGGUACCUGCCCUCCUGAAAUUUACAGAUGGUGAAGGAAAGGCAAGUAAACAAUUUGGCAAUCAACAGAUGUUUUUGCUUAUGUGUACUGUUUUUCUAAAGAGCCCUGGUCUGAGCUUUGGGUGAGGUUCAGCUGCUGCUGUGUGCUAGCUGUGUGAUUGAAUUCUUCUGAGAUAAAUUUUUAAACGAUAAAACGUGACCAAAGCGCAGGAAAAGCAAAGAGCCCCGUGGUUUAAUACAAUUGAGCAGCACAGGCUAGAUUUAAAGCAUCUGAGAAGACAGGGUUCCCUGCUUUUGAAGAACUUUGAUUAUACUCUUCAAGCUAAAGCUGUGCACCUCACACUGCCUUGAUGAGUAAAGAACUUUUCUUUCCACCUGUUCAGAUUUGACAGCGCUACGCCACAUGAUUUAGUCUGGACUUAGCAAACACCUACCGAUGACCGAGCUGCUGUAACCAUGGAGUGCUCGUCAGCAUUGCCCCUCUUCGCUCGUCUUUGUCUAGGCAGGAUUCUCCUUUACUCUGAUUGGAAUCGCAGCCGUUUCUGCUCAGGUUGGAGGUGUGUGGACGCCGGCACGGUGCCUGCCUCCCCUGGGUCAGCUUGAGAUCUUGCUAUCAUUUCAUUCCACAAGCAACACAACUCCUCUCAGUUUAAAAGGAAAAGAGGGAGAAACAUAAUUGAACAUAGCAGUCCCCAGUGCUUGCUUAAAUGCUCAAUGAGGGGCCUAUGUUUUUAAGAGCACAUUCUAGGGGAAAUUCUGAAAUUGCAAGCUGCAGCCCUUUCUCUCUUCGUGCUCAGUUUGGCUGAUUUCCAAAGCACUGAGGCCAGCAAUUGAGGGACUGAAAUGUAAUCGGUGGUGAUACGUUGGUGCCACAUGAAACAUUCUCUGCUUCCAAAGGCUCCAGAGGCUGUGGGAAGCAGCACAUCAGCGAGAGCUCCUGGCUGCUGGACUCCGCAGGGAGGGAAGGAAGAUUGGUCACAAUGCCCAUCGUGUGCUUCCCAGAAAAUUGGAUGGCCAGAUAGAACAGCCAUUUCUGCAGAAAGACAUCAUCUCUCAACUUGAUGGUUACCCUAAGGAGGAGCUUUAAUAAUUUGUAUCUUCGAGACCAGCCUGGCCAACAAGUCCCAGCAGAAGUGCAUCGUGAUCUUUGCCCUGGUGUGCUGCUUUGCCAUUCUCGUUGCACUGAUCUUUUCAGCCGUGGACAUCAUGGGAGAGGAUGAGGAUGGACUCUCGGAAAAAAAUUGCCAAAAUAAAUGUCGAAUUGCCCUGGUGGAAAAUAUUCCUGAAGGCCUUAACUAUUCAGAAAAUGCACCAUUUCACUUAUCACUUUUCCAAGGCUGGAUGAAUUUACUCAACAUGGCCAAAAAGUCUGUUGACAUAGUGUCUUCCCAUUGGGAUCUCAACCACACUCAUCCAUCAGCAUGUCAGGGUCAACGUCUUUUUGAAAAGUUGCUCCAACUGACUUCACAAAAUAUUGAAAUCAAGCUAGUGAGUGAUGUAACAGCUGAUUCAAAGGUAUUAGAAGCCUUGAAAUUAAAGGGAGCCGAGGUGACGUACAUGAACAUGACCGCUUACAACAAGGGCCGGCUGCAGUCCUCCUUCUGGAUCGUGGACAAACAGCACGUGUAUAUCGGCAGUGCCGGUUUGGAAUGGCAAUCCCUGGGACAGAUGAAAGAACUCGGUGUCAUCUUCUACAACUGCAGCUGCCUGGUCCUAGACUUACAAAGGAUAUUUGCUCUAUAUAGUUCAUUAAAAUUCAAAAGCAGAGUGCCUCAAACCUGGUCCAAAAGACUCUAUGGAGUCUAUGACAAUGAAAAGAAAUUGCAGCUUCAGUUGAAUGAAACCAAAUCUCAAGCAUUUGUAUCGAAUUCUCCAAAACUCUUUUGCCCUAAAAACAGAAGUUUUGACAUAGAUGCCAUCUACAGUGUGAUAGACGACGCCAAGCAGUACGUGUACAUCGCUGUCAUGGACUACCUGCCUAUCUCCAGCACGAGCACCAAAAGGACUUACUGGCCAGACUUGGAUGCAAAAAUAAGAGAAGCAUUAGUUUUACGAAGCGUUAGAGUUCGACUCCUUAUAAGCUUCUGGAAGGAAACUGAUCCCCUUACGUUUAACUUUAUUUCAUCUCUUAAAGCGAUUUGCACCGAAAUAGCCAACUGCAGUUUGAAAGUCAAAUUUUUUGAUCUGGAAAGAGAGAAUGCUUGUGCUACAAAAGAACAAAAGAAUCACACCUUUCCUAGGUUAAAUCGCAACAAGUACAUGGUGACAGAUGGAGCAGCUUAUAUUGGAAAUUUUGAUUGGGUAGGGAAUGAUUUCACACAGAAUGCUGGAACGGGCCUUGUUAUCAACCAGGCAGAUGUGAGGAACAACAGAAGCAUCAUUAAGCAACUUAAAGAUGUGUUUGAAAGGGACUGGUAUUCACCGUAUGCCAAAACCUUACAGCCAACCAAACAGCCGAACUGCUCAAGCCUGUUCAAACUCAAACCGCCCUCCAACAAAACUGCCACAGACGAUGCAGGCGGAAAGGAUCCCUGGAACGUAUAACGUGAAUAAACAAACUGAUAGGACAGUUCCGUAUUUCAUAUUUAUACAUAAAGGACUUGAGGAGAGAAAAAAACACUUUAAUAUGUCUCUUUUUUUUAGGGAAAAAGCACACUUAUAAAAAAUAUUCUCUGAACGACACAUAGUACCUAUCUAACAAUAUCUUAGCGUCGUGUACACUGAAAUUAAGACUUUUGUAUUUGUUACCUCUGACAGAGAAUGUCAUUCUGGCGUAGAAGUUAGUUUUUACAUUUGCAUACAAAUUUUAAGACUUUCAUUCCUGCUUCUUUCUAGUUUGAGAACUUUUUCUGCUGACCUACCCGGUCAGUUGUUAGGAAGCUUAGCAUGAGAUGGGCUCUUUAACACCAUUCUGAGAACUGCUAAUUUAGAGAGGAAGGUGAGGAUUUUUGCCUUGGAGAAGAGACUGAUAAAACCAGUGUUUAUCCUUGUAAAUCGUCUCCAAGACCUACACAGUCAGCUAAGCGUGAACAGCUUACAUCUCAUGCCAGCCUUCAACACCCUUGAAAAAUAUCCUUUUCUGUCUUGCUCAUUUUCUUCUUAUACCAUAGAUUUUAUUUGGUAUCAUUUUCUCUUCUCACAAAAUGUUCCUAUUAUAUUCUGUAUUCAACCUCAACAUUACUUCUAACUAUGAUAACAUCUUUUGAAAACCUACAAAUUUCUCAGAGUGGAUACUACGUGGAAAUAGUGGUCUUUCAUUUUUACCUUUCAACUGAAUCCUUUUUUCCCCUACCGAAUUGGUAUUUUAAAAAAACGACAGUCAGCAAUAUAUGUCCUUUCUCUCAAGCUCAGAUAAAUUACGAAAUUAUGUGGCCACCUGCUUAUAUCCAGCAAGCUAUCAAGUCUGCAUUUUGGGAAUAAAGUAGUUUUUCACAUUUUUGUUCAGUUUAUGGUAUUAUAAAGAAAAGAUCUCUAUGCUUCAGUGGAUUUUAAUUUCUUUAGAAUCAUUAUGCUGUUAAGAGUAUGCCAGCAAACAUUUAUAGAGCUAUUUAAUAUACCUUGUGCUAUUUAAUAUACCAAAUGCUUUUCAGAGAAAUGCAAUUUAAAUACUGUGCUUAACAUAUUUUACUAAGAAACAGAAAUAUUGAAUUAUUGUUCUAUAA